AUGGUAAUCCAGGAACAGGCGAAGUUCAGGAAAGCAGCCUUCCAGUGUUACCAGGAUCUUCUCAAGCACCCGGAAUAUCGUGAGGAUCAGAAUCAGAUCAUCAGGGACCUCACUAUGGUGCUUGUUCAUGUGGAAGAUGAAGAUAAGGAUGUGGCAGAGGUAGCAAAGAACAUCGUGCAGCAUCUGCUGGAGGCCCUCCAAUGGCACCCUGGAGGCCGACCUCUGGUGGGGGACCCAUACAGCCUGCAGGAACUGCUGCAUAAGAUCACCAAGCACCUGAUUCGGCACCACAGUUCAGAGAGGGACUUGGAGGCACUUGCCUACAACAGCUUUACCCACGUCUCCAGCAAGCAAGCUUCAGUGAGAAGAAUAGCUGCCAUGUUCAUUGGCCAUCUACUUCACAAGAAAGGCAGCAUCCUCACUGAAGGGAACAUCUGUGUCUAUCAUGCUUGGCUGGAGAACCAUCUCAGUGACCAUGACCCUGCAGUCAGACGGGUUGCUCAUGAGACCCAGAACAUCCUGAGGAGGGUUUUUUGCCUCUACUCCCGGCACGGGCUGCAGACUGCUAUUCGGUGCUUGGUUGUGGGUUGCAAGAGGCAGAGGUACCCGCCAGAGCACAAUAACAUCUCUGCCUGAUGGACUGGAACGUGAUGCCCAAUUUUCUUUGGGCAAAAGAAGAACCAGCUGUGCUGCAGCUUAAAAG